CGUUCACGACGGUUAUUUAUUUUUCCAUUACAUUUUAUGAAUGCUGUCUCUACUUCUCAACUCUUCUCUCGCAUUUUUACUGCAAAGGAAAACAACAGAAAACCGGAGAAUUUUUUUCGACUUCAUAUGAAACUUUUUUGAUAUAUAUCUGCAUUUAAGUUAGAAACUUUCAUCUAGAAAGAUGAUGUAAUAAAGUCUUCUGUAAUGCUCAUAUAAAAAGGCCAGUUUCUUCCUAGUUCCUACAAAAAAAGUCUAACUGGAUUAAAUUGCUCACAUUUUAUUCCUGACGAUGCCUGCCCUGAAAGCUGCUACACCAAAACCUUUCACUAAGGAAAUAAUUACCAAAGGAUAUGGUUUUUAUACACCCCAAGAUGGCUCUGUGUGUAGAAUUAAAGUCAUUACUGAUGAAAAACAUAUACUGACUGAUCUAAAUGAUGAUAAUGAAAAAGAGAUUAUAGUUGGAGAUGUUGACGAGCCAAUUGAUCGAAUAAUCGAAGACUGCAUUCGCACUAUGAAGGAGGAGGAAGUUUGUCGCUUAAAAUUCGAACACCCCUGCCUUUAUCCCGAUGUUGUCAUACCUAUUGAAUCUGCUGAAGAAAUGAGAGCAGAUCAAAGUUCUCCAAUUGGUAAUGAAAGUCCCAAAAUGGAAUUUGACAAGGAUACUAAAGAUGAAUCAUCUGAAAUGGACGUAACUUCAGAGAAUCCAGAAGUAGUGAAACCAGAAUCUGCUGCUGAAGUAACACCAACUAGUGAAUCUCAAUCAGAAGACACUGAGGAUCUUCCAUCCAAUAUUGUUGAAAUUGAAUUUCAGCUGUUGGCAUACACUAGGGAACCUGAAAUAUGGGAGAUGAGUGUUACUGAAAAAUGGCGUCGAGCUACAUACCACAAGCAAAGAGGUUUGGAGCUUUAUUCUCGGGGAGCCUAUCAGUAUGCUUUCCGUCGAUUUGGUUUGACUUUGAAAUAUGUUAUCUCUUUAGAACAUGAUAUACCUUCUGGUCAAGAGGAAGGAAUGGACAUCAAAGGACUUAAGUUAUCUUGUUAUUUAAAUGUUGCUGCAUGUCAAAUGAGGCAUCAUAAUUAUGAAUCUGUUGUGAUAAAUUCUUCAAAAGCUUUACAGAUGCAAUCUGAUAAUGCCAAAGCUCUUUAUAGGAGAGGUGCAGCAUAUGUACAGUUGCAGGAAUAUGAAAAGGCCAAAGAAGAUUUAACUCGUGCCCAGCAACUUGAACCUAAAAAUCAAGCUGUAACGAAACAACUUCAACUCCUAAAAAGCAGAGUUCAGAAAUUAAAUCAAUAUUAUGCAAGUGCCAUGAAAAAGUAUUUCCAGUAAUUCUUGGGCUUUCACAGAAUUGAACUCUAUAGCUAUAAUCAUUGAUCUUAAAGGCAGUUUAGAUUUUUUUUACAUUCUAACUUGAAAUUCAUUCCAUUUUGAUCAAAUGCAUAUAGUGAGAUAGAUCUGCAUUCGAUAUGAACUUUUUUCAACAUUUAUGAGCAUUGCUCAAUGCUUCCAACUUAAACAUACCAGUUAGGUUAGAAUUAUUAGAUUUUCUUACAAAAACAUUUCAUUAUGUCUAAUUAGUUUCAUUUUCAAAUCAUGUAAAUGAACAUUAUUUGGACUCUUUUCAACUUUCAUGAACUAAAUAGAGU